AUGACUUCACAGGGGAAUGAACUAGAGGUAGUAGUGACGGUUGUGGUGCUGGUGGUUGAGUGGAUGACUGUGCUAAGGGAGGCUGCACUGGGGACACUGGAGACUGCACUGGGGACACUGGAGACUGCACUGGGGACACUGGAGACUGCACUGGGGACACUGGAGACUGCACUGGGGACACUGGAGACUGCAGGAGACUGCACUAGAGACUGCAGUGACUGUUGUGCUGGUAACUCAGAGGACUCGGGGUCCGGCUGUGGCGAUGGAUGUCGGCGGCGUGAACGCGGCUUCUUUUUUGAUGAUGGCUCCGACGGGCCAAGCAGCUCCACGUCCGGCCCUUCAGGCAGCCUGGAUGAGACGCUGCUGGCUCGGGCUGAGGCUUUGGCGGCCGUGGACAUCGCCGUGUCCCAGGGCAAGACGCACCCGUUCAAGCCCGACGCCACCUACCACACGAUGAGCACGGUGCCAUGCUCGUCGACAUCCACCGUGCCACUAGCCCACCACCAUCAUCACCAUCACCACCACCACCACCAGAACCUGGAGCCACCGGACAUUAUGGACCACAUCAGCUCGCCGUCUCUCAGCUUAAUGUCCAGUGCGCACGACGUGGCGGGCGGCGGAGGUGGCGGUGGCGGCGGAGGUGGCGGUGGUGGGCUCAUCUCCACCUCUGCUCACCCGCACUCUCACAUGCACGGUUUGGGUCACCUCUCCCACCAAGCUAUGAGCAUGAACUCACCUCUCACCCACCACGGGCUCUUACCGGGCCAUCACGGGGGAGGUCAAGGCGGCCCUGGGCUCACAAACAACGGACUUCCCUCCAUUAAUGACUCGGACACAGACCCAAGGGAGCUGGAGGCUUUCGCGGAGCGCUUCAAACAGCGGAGGAUCAAGCUGGGGGUGACACAGGCGGACGUGGGCAGCGCUUUGGCUAAUCUCAAAAUCCCCGGCGUUGGAUCACUGAGCCAAAGUACAAUUUGUCGAUUCGAGUCUUUAACUCUCUCCCACAACAACAUGAUUGCGCUCAAACCCAUCCUCCAGGCCUGGCUAGAAGAGGCCGAGGGGGCCCAAAGGGAAAAAAUGAGCAAACCUGACAUUUUCAACGGAGGAGAAAAGAAACGCAAGAGGACCUCGAUAGCAGCCCCAGAAAAGAGGUCUUUGGAGGCUUACUUCGCUGUACAACCUCGACCGUCGUCUGAGAAAAUAGCAGCUAUAGCUGAAAAGUUGGACCUGAAAAAAAAUGUGGUACGAGUGUGGUUUUGUAACCAAAGACAGAAGCAGAAGCGGUUGAAAUUUUCCGCGGCUCACUGAUGGGCGAG